UCCAUAGGUACUAAAUUACACAGUUCAUUUCCUUUCAACAGUGAGAGAGUGUUCGAAACGGAAUCAAUCAAUCGAAGAUGUUUCUCCGAUCGCUGGCGCGGCCAUUAAUGGCGAAGAUAAAGGAAACAACAGGGAUCGUAGGACUAGAAGUUGUUCCAAAUGCGAGGGAGGUGUUAAUUGGACUUUACAGCAAAACACUUAACGAGAUCCAGAAAGUUCCAGAAGAUGAAGGGUAUCGUAAAGCUGUUGAGAGUUUCACGAAUCAUAGACUUAAGGUUUGUCAAGAGGAACAAGAUUGGGACAAAAUUGAGAGUCGUCUUGGUUGUGGUCAGGUUGAAGAACUCAUUGAAGAGGCCAAAGAUGAACUCAAGCUCAUUUCCUAUAUGAUUGAAUGGGAUCCUUGGGGUAUCCCCGAUGAUCACGAAAUCGAGAUGAUUGAAAACGAUGCACCAAUUCCAAAGCACGUUCCUCAACACCGACCUCCUCCUCUCCCUAAGGAGUUUCAAGAAACGUUGGAAGCACUUAUGUCUCAACCUGGAAAGACUGAGCAGUUAGAGGCACUUGUGUCUAAAUCAAUUAAAGAAAGUUCUGCUGCUAACUCUACUGAAGAACCCUCAAAGCCAUGAACUUCAGAAAAAAGUUAGAGCUUUUGAAUUAUCUGUUUGAAUGUUUUUUAUCCUUUCAUUGCACUAAAAUUGUUUGUGUUAAGUAGUUUCAGAUUCAGUGGAGAAAACCUUUGCUCCAAAAUAACUUGAACAGGUUUGAAAUAACAAGAAUUUCUUGUUUAACAUUAUACUAUGUAUGCAUGAAAUGUCUUUUGAUAUGAAGAUUUUUCUUGUAUUUA